AUGGAGGAGGUUCAGGUUCGGGAGUUCGUGGAAGUGCCCGCUUCUACCGCCGACGAAGCCGCGGAUCCCGUGACUAACGCCGUGAGCUUCGGCGCUAUCGGCGUCGCAAUAACCGGCGCGGCGAAGAAGGACGAACCUAAGAAAGGCCUGCUUCCGCUGCUGAUUCCAGUCGCCGUCUUAGCCGCGGGGGUGUUCGCCAUUGUCAAAGUUCUCAAGGGUAGCAAGAAAAAAAGCAAAGGCGACGCCACUGAUGGUACCACGUAUAAGGCAUCGCCGCUUGUCGCGGCGACCGAGGAAACUGUCACUGUUAGCGGUGCUGACGCGAUUGAGUCCGUUGCUGCUGCCGCUGACCGUUUCGUUCCCGCGUCGCCCGGAUCUGACGCGUUUCACGACGCCACGUGGGAGCUGACGGCGGACGACGACGACGACGCGCCGAGCGGGAUUUCUGGCGCGAAACCCGGCGAGGGCGCCAUGGUGGCGCGAAUCCUGGGGAACUCCGCGGCGAGCGCGGAGGUGGCGGAAGACGCGGAGGAGGGGAAAGCGGAGGAGGCGGAGGAGGGGGGGAAUGCGGAGGAGGCGGAGAAGGGGGAAGGGGAGGAGGAAGAUGAAGAGGAAGAGGAAGAGGAAGAGGAGGAAGAAGAGGAUGGAGAAGCAAUGGUUUCAUCGCUGCUGCAAAAGGCACGUGACGCGAGCUCCAAUGUUAACGACAUGGCCGCCAGAAGCCUCACCUGA